AUGGUUUAUGACAAAAACCAAAAGGGGCGUCGCCGCCUGGAAAAAGUGGUGGCGAAGCGUCCGAAGACGGCGGAGAGAGACAGUGUAACAAAAGCAGCCAUAGAAAUCGAUACGAACAUAAGGAAUACGAUGAUAGAAGAGAAUGAAGCACCACCAAAAGAACCGAAACCAACGAUGGAGGAUCCCAAACCCAUCCCACCGAAAUCAAAAUUGAAAAACAAAAAACCUUGGGUUGACGUCAUUCAAGGGAACAGAAGCAUGAAUCGGGGAAUGACAGUGGGUUAUGCAGCUCCCAUGAUGGUGAACGGGGAAAUCGUGAUACAAAUCGAAGAAGACUAUGUUGCUGAUGAACUUGAAUUUUGGGAGAACGCUCUAAUCCUAUUUUCUCUAGGGGAUACUCUCUCGAUGAAUGCGGUGAAAAAAAUUAUGAAGAAAACCUGA